CCAACCGGCGCGUUGUUACUUUUUAUUUAUCUCAAUAUAACUGUUUUGUUAGAGCAGUACAUCAAUUAUUUUCCUGCCGUUCGCAGACAUUCAAGUACCGCACUCCAAGAACACCAAUUAUCGAAAUGUUCUCUACAUUCAUCGCGUUUCAUUCGUCACGUAAAUAAUCUCGGAUUUUCAUUAGCAGAACUAAUGAACAUGUGUCUCCCAUAAAUAUAAGACAAACAACACCGAAUUUCGACAGUGUUUUCUUACUGAUAACAAAAUCCAGCAAUGUCACAUUUGUGGGAAGCAAAUUUAACUAACGAACCAUCUCACUCUCUUUGCAGGCCGAACCCCUCUUCAGCAUGGAUUCCCGUUUUAAUUAACUACCACCUCUAUCAUUUCAGAUACCACAAACGCGAUGUAAUUCACACUUGCAGCAGCCAGCCUCGAAUGAAACUUUAAACGAAAAUAAUUACUCGACAUAAUUAAUAAUUCAUGUCUUAUGUUUCACCCUUUGUAUCCGAUUCUAUUUAGGAUCUUCCACUUGUCCUCAUCCUACAGGCCCCGGCUCAUAACCCUUUCAUCCUCAAGCUAGCGCGACCGUCACCAUUCGACAGGGCUGUCCUUUUCCCCAGCGGUGGAAGUGCACUGUAGGACCAGGAAGCACUGCACACAACAGGAUUCAUCCCAGCCACUUCGGGGGAUCGGUCAGCGUAAUAUGACAGAAGGUGCCACCGCGACAGCGAUUGAAUGUCUAGAUAGUACGCUGGAUGUUGUUGACCAGACCGUGGAAGAACAGCAGCAGCAGCUUGGCCAGGAUCAUCAACCAGAGGGCACGACCAUAUUAGAACUUAAUUUAUUGAAGGCACACAAAGACGGUGAGGAGCAACAGGUGGCCAAAAUGACGCAGAAUAAGGUGGCGAAAAAGGAUGAUCUGCCGGAGCGUGGGUCUUGGGGGUCAAAGCUGGACUUCAUCCUGUCCGUAGUGGGGUUGGCCAUCGGGUUGGGCAAUGUGUGGCGUUUUCCUUACCUCUGCUACAAAAAUGGUGGCGGAGCUUUCCUUAUUCCGUACUUCGUUACACUAUUCCUAGCCGGUAUUCCCAUGUUCUUCAUGGAACUUGCUCUAGGGCAGAUGUUGACCAUCGGUGGACUGGGUGUGUUCAAAAUAGCUCCCAUUUUCAAAGGUAUUGGAUAUGCGGCAGCUGUAAUGUCCUGUUGGAUGAACGUUUACUAUAUUGUCAUUCUGGCGUGGGCUAUAUUCUACUUCUUCAUGUCCCUUCGGGCAGAUGUCCCAUGGCGUACUUGUGAUAACUUCUGGAAUUCGCCAAACUGUGUGAAUCCCUACGACCGAAAGGAUCUCCUCUGUUGGGAAUCACUUGGAGUCAACAGUACAGUUAACAAAAUUUGUUCGCUCAACUCUAACAAUGUUUCGAUCAACGAAAUGACCGAUCCGGUUAAGGAAUUCUGGGAGCGACGAGCAUUGAUGAUCUCCAGUGGUAUCGAUGAGGUAGGUUCCAUUCGCUGGGAGCUGGCCGGAACUCUUUUGCUGGUGUGGAUUUUGUGCUAUUUCUGUAUCUGGAAGGGAGUCAAAUGGACCGGUAAGGUCGUGUACUUCACUGCCCUGUUCCCGUACUUCCUGUUAACCAUCCUGCUGAUUCGAGGCAUCACGCUGCCGGGUGCCUUCGAGGGUAUUAAAUUCUACGUUAGUCCGAAUUUGUCCAAGCUAGCGGAGUCUGAGGUGUGGAUCGAUGCUGUAACGCAAAUCUUCUUCUCGUAUGGUCUUGGCCUGGGAACGCUUGUUGCUCUGGGAAGUUACAAUAAAUUCAACAACAACGUCUACAAAGACGCCCUAAUUGUGUGCACGGUUAACUCAAGUACUAGCAUGUUUGCCGGAUUCGUUAUCUUCUCGGUGGUCGGUUUCAUGGCACACGAGCAGCAACGUCCAGUGGCAGAAGUGGCCGCUUCGGGACCAGGUCUUGCCUUUUUGGCGUAUCCUUCGGCAGUGCUGCAGCUCCCGGGUGCUCCUUUAUGGUCAUGUCUCUUCUUUUUCAUGUUGCUACUCAUCGGUUUGGAUUCCCAGUUCUGUACCAUGGAAGGAUUCAUCACUGCCGUCAUCGAUGAGUGGCCACAUCUGCUUCGCAAACGCAAAGAGCUGUUCAUUGCCGUCGUUUGCUUCAUAAGUUACUUGGUUGGUCUGACAUGUAUUACCGAGGGUGGAAUGUACGUUUUCCAAAUCUUGGACUCGUACGCGGUGAGUGGUUUCUGUUUGCUGUUCCUGAUGUUCUUCGAGUGUAUUUCGAUCUCGUGGGCGUUCGGCGUAAACCGCUUCUAUGAUGGUAUCAAGGACAUGAUCGGAUAUUAUCCAUUGGCUUGGUGGAAGUUCUGCUGGGUUAUCACGACCCCGGCGAUCUGUGUUGUAAGUAUGCGAGAACCUGGUUGAGGCCGGGUCCCCAGAUUACGGGUGGAAAAGGUAAUUUGUUUCCAUGAGCUGAUUAGAAAUGUCAGGCGAGAUGUAAGGGUAGUUGAGAAGUGAGUGAGUGUAGUUUCAGGCAUCGAGGGAAUUGGAUCUCUCCAGGUGGACUAAUAGGAAGAGAGCUGAUAUAAAUUAAAGGUAAUUCCGAACUAGAUGAGUGCAGCCUUUUAUUUCAGAUGAACACUUAAGGUACAAUGAAGUAAUCUAAAUCACGUGUAUUGGAUUGGAAGGAAACCGUCAACGUAAAUUCGUCCAGAACAUCACUAUCCCAAGGACUGAUCAUUAAACAUGACAAUUGUGAUUGAAAUAAACGAUUUUGACAAAAUA